CUCACAAGCAACACAGUCAACUGCAGCUACCAAACAUGCACGGCGCCGCCACUUCAGCUCCACCACCGACGCCGUCUACGCAGCAGUCGGACAAUCACAUGUCCACGUCAGCCGCUGCAGACACCCUCUCCAGGAUGCUCCACCGUCUGCCACCCACUCUCUCGCUCCCCACGCGCCGCGCACCACCAGCCACGUGUGCCCCGGUUCCGGUGGUCUCUUUGUCCCAAGCUCGAUCAAACCCCGCUCUCCUCUCCUCGAAACUCGGGUUCUUCCAGCUAACCGACCACUGCAUUCCUCGCCAACUCGCAGACUCGGCCGAGUUAGAAGCGCUGUCGCUGUUUGACCUCCCCAAGGAGAAGAAAAAAGCUUCUUUUCCGAGGAACUGGCCUGUUGGGUUUGAAGAAGGAGAUGAACUUGACGAUGAUGACGUGGAACCGGUGGAGGGACUUGGUGAGUCGUUUUGCCUGGACGAGUCGUGCUACGCCGAGUCAGUUGAGUUGUCUUUAGCUUCUCUAAGCGAGUUUGCUGGUGCUUUGGAGAAAGUAGGGUUGGAGGUGAUUGAGCUGGUUUGUAAAUCAGUCGGGUUUGAAAGUCCUGUAGGAAAGGGUGGCCCGAGUUCCGCUCGGGUUUGUUCGAUGAUGUGGGUGGAGGAGGGUUUAUCGGGUAAGAGUAAGACGCCGGUGGCGGGUCGGUUCUACCCGUAUGUGGUUGGUUUGCAGUAUCAAAUCAGAAGUGAUCAGAAGUAUUCUUUGCUGGCGGAUUCCGGUUGGGUCUCUGUGGUGCCACAGGUGGACUCGGUCUUUGUUACUAUUGGCGACAUUGCUCAAGUGUGGAGCAAUAGGGAGUUGAAGAAAGUGAGAGGAAGGCCAGUGGCAGAUCUGAGUAAUAAGUCCCGGUGCAAAUCAAUGUCGUUGUUGGUGACUCUUCCUAUUGACUCUAAAAUUUGCCCACUUCUUCCGGCAGCAGCCACAAGCGGCAAUGAUCUCAGUCACGAGGAUGGUGGUGAGAAUAGAAAUAGAAAUGAUGUUGAAUUGGGAGAUCAUCAAAUCGAUGAUAGUAUCACCGGUGACAACAGAGAAAUUGAAGGAAGACUGUUUAAGUCCUUUUGUUUGGAAGACUAUGCUUGGAGACUGUAUCAUGAACGCCUGCAUUUCAAAGACCCGCUAGAUAGGUUUCGCAUUAAGAACUGAAAUUUGGAAUGAUAAUGCUACUGUUCGACCUCGAUUGAGCUUAGCAUGGUUGUUUUUUUUUUUAUUAUUAUUGUGGAGCUAGCUAAGGUUGCGCCAUUGAGGUUUGAACUCAACCGCGCUUUGCUCAAUUUCGACUAGUUUAGACUUUAGACAAUCCAGAUUGGCGAUAGCUUUUGUUUUCUUCUCUCAUUCGGAUAGAUUGGGAGAUGUUUUUCGUUCGCCAAGAUAGAUUGGCAAAGUUAUUGCUGGCUUUCACUCUAAUAUACUUACAACACAGUUAUAGUUAAUUACAUGA